AUGAAUUCACUCAAAGCGUGUAUUGAAGCCGCCGUAAUCAUGGGUCGUGUGCCGACUGUCCACUCGAAGACUUACGUCACGCCUCGGCGUCCCUUUGAAAAGGAAAGACUCGAUCAGGAGUUGAAACUGAUCGGUGAGUUUGGACUCAGGAAUAAGAGAGAGGUCUGGAGAGUGAAGUAUACUCUGGCGAAGAUCCGAAAGGCGGCCCGAGAUCUGCUCACUUUGGACGAGAAGGACUCGCGCCGUCUGUUCGAAGGCAACGCUCUGUUGCGCCGACUCGUGCGGAUCGGAGUGCUGGACGAGGGGCGGAUGAAACUCGAUUACGUGUUGGGUCUUCGCAUCGAAGACUUCCUCGAGCGUCGCCUUCAGACGCAAGUGUUUAAACACGGGUUAGCGAAGUCCAUACAUCACGCGCGGGUCCUCAUCAGACAGCGACACAUCCGAGUCCGCAAACAAGUGGUGAAUAUCCCGUCGUUUGUCGUCCGACUGGACUCCGAAAAGCACAUCGACUUCUCGCUGAAAUCGCCGUUCGGUGGCGGACGACACGGACGGGUGAAGCGAAAGAAUCUGAAGAAGAAUACCGGCGGAGCCGCUCAAGAAGAGGAGGAAGAAGACUAAAGACAUGAAUUACGGACUAUAUUAACGAUUAAUGUCUUGGUCUUAAGUUAUGAUUCAAUAAAUUUUGAUAGACUUAUGACUUAAGAA